AUGACACACAAUACUGCUGCUGGUCCAAUUCCGAAAUCACUACCGUGUACAGAAGAAAUACUAUCAUAUGAAUUCCAAUACGAAGAUGAUGUGUCGGAAGCAGUUGAAUGCCCACCUGAAAUUCAUUUCACAAUACCUGAAGGUUUUGAAAUAAGGAGAGCUCGUUACGGCAUCGGUAUUUAUACGACCAAGUUUAUCCCUAAAAAUGAUUAUAUGUUCACGGCAUAUUAUAUUCCUAUACAUGACAAACAGCUAAAAGUCAAAGAAAUCACAGAUCGCGGAGACAUAAUAGAAAUUGAUACAUCCACACACUUUUUGAAUGCUGGUAAUGGCACUUAUCUACUAGAUCCAUGUGCAGCGCUAAUAAAUCACAGUUGUGAUGCGAAUGCUAACAAUAUAGAUGAAAUAAUUGGUAUGAAAGUGACUCGUCGAAGCUCUUAUUAUGCGGUGCGUGACAUACAACCGAAUGAAGAGAUAACAAUAAACUAUUUGUUAGCAGUAUAUGAAGCUCCACCCAACUUGCAUCCUAUUGACCCAUGUGAAUGUGGCAGCCCAAAAUGCUUUGGGAGUAUGCGAGGCUUUAAAAAUUUGCCAGAAAGCGCAAAACAAGCAUUAUUACCUUACACUUUGCUACAUGUUCGUGUCGCCCACUUUAUGGACAAACAGAAAAAAGUAGAUAAGAAACUUGACCAAAACUAG